GCUAUUUUAGCGUGUGUCGUGGGUGUGUGUGUGUGUCCGCAGCUUCCUACCCACUCACCUGCUGCUCAGUUCCAAAUACAUAACCAGCUGUGUUCGUGUCUCAGGAUGACGAAGUGUGCUGUGUGUGGGUGUCCUGCCUCCCAGCGCUGUGGCAAAUGUCACCUCACAGCUUACUGUAGCAAGGAUCACCAGAAGCAACAUUGGAAGUCUCAUCGCACUCAGUGUAGUCCCUACAAAAUGUGUCAUUCAGAGGAGAUGGGGAGGUACCUGGAGGCGUCCCGUGACAUCCUGCCAGGGGAAAUAAUCUUGAAGGACUCUCCUCUCGUCUUGGGUCCUCGCCAGGUGACGAUGCCUGUGUGUCUAAGCUGCUUCACCCCUGUCAACGGUUCCUACUCCUGUUCCCUUUGUGGUUGGCCUUUGUGUGGCCCUGAGUGCCAGACAGUUGUCUUACACAACCCUGAGUGCCAACUCUCCAGAAACAGGCCAAUUAAGGUUCAGGUACAUAAGUUCAUGCAGGUGAACCAGAUGUAUGAAUGUAUCACACCACUACGUUGUCUGUGGCUGAAGGAGCACGACCCUGCCAGAUGGUCAGCACUCUCUCAAAUGGAGUCCCACUUGGAGGAGCGUGUUAAUACUGAACUCCAUGAAGUCAAUCAAGCAAAUGUUGUUGACUUCCUAUAUCAUUACCUUAAGGUGACGUCCUUCACACCUGAGGAAAUACACACAGUGUGCGGGAUUAUCGACGUCAAUGGCUUUGAGAUCCCGGGACCAAAUGCAAUAGGUAUAUAUGGCAAGGCCUGCCUCUUAGAACAUAACUGCGUCCCAAACACAACUAGGACGUUUGAUUCCCAAUUAAACAUCGUCAUCAGAGCAGCAGUUAAGAUCACAAAGGGAAGCCACAUCUCCACAUCAUAUACAGACCCAAUGUGGGGCACUGCUAACAGACAGCUGCACUUGAAGACGAGUAAAUAUUUCAAGUGUACUUGUUCUCGGUGCCAUGACCCAACAGAAAUGGGCACACACCUAAGCAGUUUGCGCUGUGGCCAGUGCCCUUUGGGAUUGAUGCUGCCCUCACCCUCGCCUAUCAGCCCUCAAAUCUGGGUAUGCAACUCAUGUUCAGCCAAACUUGAUCAACAAUACGUUGAAGAAUUUUUGAAGCAGACUGGCGAGAAACUUGUGAAUCUCAAAGAAGGUUCUCUCGCAGCCUCGGAAGCAUUCCUGAAAUCGACAUCAUCAAAAUUGAGUGAGAAUCACUACUACAGGAGUGAUGUGAAACUGGCCAUGGCACAGAUGUAUGGCCGUGCAGGAGUCCAAAAUAAGUCUGACCUUCAUGAGCUCUCGAAAGACCUACUAGACAGAAAAGAGCAACUCUGCCGAGAAGUUCUGGCUCUUGCAGACGUCUUUAGCCCAGGGGAAAGCAGACUACGUGGACUGAUGAAGUAUGAACUUCAGGCAGCAUGCAUGGAAAAGUUCCGCAGAUUACCAAAGAAACUUAAGGCCUCACCCCAGUCUAAAGCCAUUCUUCAGGAAUGUGAAGAGGCUCUGAAGGAUGCAAGCACCAUCUUACUGCGUGAAUCACCCAUCCAGGAUGAGUACCAAUUGGGACUUCAGGCAGAAGCAGAGCUGGCUGAUGUUACUGCCCUUAUUUCUAAAUUUCGCUGACUUACUAAAGGAGCACAGAGGGUUGAGUCGGACUUGAGGGAUAUCAGAGAUUUUUAUUUCUACAUCAUUGGGUAACACUGCUUCACUAGCAUAAGUAAGCAGUAAACCCCGGAGCUGUUGUUCUACCACCAGUUUCCCUACCAGCAGACAGGGUGUGGAAGUGCCACAAAGAUGCCUUAUUUAUUCCAAUUUUAUUACAAUUUCCUUAGCCCUACCUACAAGAUGUCAUUCCUCCUUGUCCAGUGCAUGAAAUCACUCCCUCUCUUUCUUCAUUAACAUGUAACAGCUCCUAAAAAUAUUUUCUCCAUCUGCCCAUCUGACAUCUUUCUAUUCUUGUUUAAUUUUUUUUUUUUCAACAAACUGGCCGUAUCCCACCAAGGCAGGGUGGCCCAAAAAGAAAAACGAAAGUUUCUCUUUUUAAAUUUAGUAAUUUAUACAAGAGAAGGGGUUACUAGCCCCUUGCCCCCAGGCAUUUUAGUCGCCUCUUACAACACACAUGGCUUACGGAGGAAGAAUUCUGUUCCACUUCCCCAUGUUUAAUUGUCAGUUCUAUUUUGCUCUCUAGGCUUUCUCAACUUAUUAAUUGCACUCCAAAACUUUAUUAUACUCUGCAAAAUUUCGUUAUAAACCCUAACUCCUCCUCAUUGGCUCUCCAUUUGCACUCUGUCAGUGCUCUUUCAAGAGUGCUGAGGGAGUGAAAAUGGAAAGUCAGUGGGAGAAUGGGUGAGGCUUUAUCAACACAUGCUAACUAGUGAUAUAAAUACAAAGCUAUCAUGUAGGAUUUUUAUUGUGAAUGUAAGCUAUUUCCAAAUCAGGAAACAUUUACUGAAAUAUUUCACCUACAGCUUGAUUUAAUAUGUAUGGUUGAUGGAGUACUGUUUUGUAAAGCCUAGAUAAUUACAGGUUUCAGAUAUUUUUUCUGAAACAAGAAAGGGCCAGAUUUUAGUUGUAAAGGUAGGAAGCACAGUGCCUGCACUCUGGAGGGAUGGAGAUGUUGCAAUUCAGAGGGUCAUUUAAAUUGUGAAGUCUGUGCUCUUCUGGCAAGAUUGUCACUGAAAGAAUGAUAGUGAAUAUGUUUCCUUUUCUAUGGGUUGCCCAGUUUUAAUGGAAAAAAGCUGGUAUGCUAGAAAAAAAGGGUUGCAGUCCAUUCUUGAGUUUUGUUAGUGAAUGUUUGAAGAUGAAGUGGAUGCACUUAGCUUUAUAUUGAUCUAGUGAAUGUUCAAUUUGCACAAUUUCAUAAUAAUCUUGAAUGUUAGAGUUCUCAGGUUUAGAGCCAGCUGUUGUAUUUCUUAAUUUUGCAGCCACUCAUCUUUGAUAGAAGUGAUUAUUUUUUGAAGAUGUGAUCAGAUGCCUUGAUGUUGGAAAGUAAAAAAAAAAAACAUAUGUACUAGUUUUGUAUAAGCUGCAGGUUGCUCUGCUGGGUUUCUCUUCUGUUUAGAGGAGCAGUGUGAUAUUAAAAUUAAUCAUUUCAUUGUCUCUUACACUGAGGCCAGUGUCACUCACAUAGACCUGUCUUAGUGUCCUCAAAUAUACAGUGAGUGGUAAAUUUUGGCUUAGAUAUGAGAGAGUGGGUGUGUGGUGGGUAUGUGUGUACAGUAUAAAAAAAAAUCCUGCCCCCAUGCAGUACAUAAUGGAAGAGCUAAUCUCCAAUCUUAUGUUUUGGUUAAAAUGGUAACUUUGAGACAUUUUAUAGGGUGGUUUUCAUGUUUUAUUGGCUGGUUCAUGGUGUCAGUUAAUGGACCAGAAGACUUACUAGAGUAAUGUUGACAAUAGUAUACAAUAUGAACUGGUACAUGAGUAAGACACAUGUGGAACUGCUGGGUAUCUUUAUUGCUCCUACAUGGUGGACUUCUUUGGUCAAAUACAGAGGAGAAUAAAUUGGAGACAGCAGGAGGAGUGUCAAGGUAAAGAUGUGAUCAGUCCAUCAACCUUGGAGAAACAGAUUUUGAGGUGGUCAAUCCCUCAGCUUAGAGAAUAGCUCAGCUCCAUAGCCUCCAAUUUAUUCUUCUCCAUAUUUCACUGAAGCUUACCAAGUAGGCAAAAUGUUUCAACAAUAAAGAUACCCAACUAUUGCACAUGUUUUACCUGUCGACUUAUUAGUGAUACGGAGAUGAUUUUAGUCGCUUGUCAAUCAGAAGUGGCCUGAAAUUGGCAGGGGCAGGGGGCUUCCCACACUGUUUUAUGUUUUUUUUUAGGUUUCCUUCAAGUAUUUAGAUGGCCUAAAUUAUGACCAAUCAUUCUUGGUUAUAUUUUAUUAACCGAGAAAUGGGGUUUAAAUUAAAACCAUUUUGCGUGAUGAAUACAAAAUGAAGGGCAAGUGUUAUAUAGAAGAGGCCUGGGAGGUGUUUAAUAAACACAAGAAAGGUUGUUUUAGUGACCAGAAUGUCUACAUUGUUUACACUGGAUGUUUUUUAUAUUAAAAUUUGUUGAAUUUUUGUGUAAAAUUGCCAGAUUACUGACUUCUGGACACUAUAGUGUAGUUCUGCUAGUUGUAUGGGCAAUUUCUUGUUUUCAGCAUAAUAUUCAGGAAUUGGGUCAGUUCGAGCAAUGGAAAUGACUUAAAAUAGGCCUAAAAUUGUGCAGAAUCACAGUUCCACCUUCCUGCCUGCAUAAUUCUUUAAAUUUUCCAUCAGAUUUUGCAUUUUUAGUGUCAUUACCUUUAGAAAAAGAUUCCCUAUUAUUUUUCAAUUGUGACACUGAUGAAACCUAAUUUUGGGAGUCUCAACAUUGUAAAAGUUUAACCCUUAACCCUUUCAGGGUCCAAGGCCCAAAUCUGGAGUCACGCACUAGUGUCCAAGAAUUUAAAAAAAAAAAAUUUGUUAUUUUUUCUUAUGAAAUGGUAGAGAAUCUUUUUGUGAAGGUAAUAAAACAAAAAGUACGAAAUUUGGUGGAAAAUUGACGAAAUUAUGCUCUCGCGAAUUUUGAUGUGUCAGCGAUAUUUACGAAUCGGCGAUUUUGCCGACUUUGACUCCCAUUUUAGGCCAAUUACAUUAUUCCAGUCAACCAAAUUCUUAGCUAUUUCACUAGUAUUACUUCUAUUCUAUCGAUUGAGCACAAGAAAUCGCCAAGUCAACUGUUUCAACUACAAAAUAAAGUGAUCGGAAAUUGUUAAUUUGGCCAAUUUAACACAAAGUUCAAAAUAUUCCAAUUUCAAAAUAGGGUCCAGAAU